UCAAAAUCCAAUAUUCCUCAGAGUCAGAAGAAAGUCGAUGAAGAAACGAUAUUAGCGAACAAUGGUAAUCAUCAUGGUAUGUCAACAACGUCUGUAACAGGUGCGUCGAGCAAUAGUUCCGUAGUUCUUGAAGCAGAUGAAAAUGAAACUGAAAUUCCGGCGCUAGUUUCCUUUCCCUCAGUGGUCUAUAUCGCCGGCUCGUCAAGAGAGGAGGCGGCUGCGAAUGAGGAGCCGGCAUCGAAACGUAGUCGAACCAACUCUCAAACGCAGUCGACGAAUGGACAUGAAGAGGUAGAGGGUGUCUCGACGUUGAAUGGACAUCAGCUUAAGGGUUGAAAGUUGACCUUUCUGCAAGGAUAUCUAUGACCUGUUUCACCUUGUCGAUGGUUAAUGCGGACCAUUUGAGGUGUGAUGAUGAUGAUGAUGAUGAAGUAGGAAUGUCAUGAUGAAGUAGGAAUGUCAUAGAUAUGCUACCUAGAUCGGUCAACUUGCAACCCCUAAGCAAAACGAAGAGAUAUUAGACAUUGUUACGACGAACAAUGGAGAUGGACGACACCCAACAAGGGAAGAUGUUGAGGGUCGUCGUAGUGGGAGCAUCGCUGAGGGUAGUCGUAGUGGGAGCAUUAGUUUUAAGGCUGUAGCUAAUGCAUCUUUGACUGCAUCCUUGAAACGUAUGAGGGAGGAGUAUUCUAAGGGAAUGCCCCCCCAUGCCCAUACUUUUCAAGGAUGCACUUGAAAGAUGAACUUCGGACAGUUCUAAUACUUGUUGGCUCCCUUCGUGUUCCCGGAGAAGGAGGAGCACAGAGCGAGAUUUAUCGCCCAAUCAUGGUGGGAAUGCAACGACUUCUGAACAAGUUGAAAAACAAGCAGGAGGGACAGCACUGAAGAAACUCUACUACAUUGACGAAUUAUGCUACCUGAAUGGACACUGCGACGGCGCUUUUUGUGAAAACUGCCUUGCUGACUUCAUUCGUGAGCGAUUUGAAACCGCUACUUACAUUUAUGAUAGUUUUCUACAAAUAAGUAGGUUUAUAUCAAAUAUCAAUUUCAGUUUCUGAUUAACAGGUAUAGCUCGUCUCCACCCCAUAACAACUCCAUGAAUGUUGUUUAUCAGCUAUUCGCUUUUUCCCUUCUACUUGUUCUACAAGUGGUUUAAGGACAGGGUUAGUUUAUCUACGCAUUGUUCAGGGUCUAUUUAUGUACGCUUUCAAGUUACUUUAUCUACGCAGAGUUUUUACUAACUGCUUCAAAGCUGAUUCCUCUCGUCUAUCUGAUAUUGAUCAACGCUUAUUCCGGUCGAUAAUCAACGCUUAUUCAUUCCUCUCCAGUACUUCAUUUCAUUUCCCUGUAGCACUCUCAACAUCUUCUAAUCUCCGCUGCCAUUGAUCAAGUGUCCUGCGUGUUUCGGUCGCGUCCGUGGCGCGUCUCUCGAACUCUGGUAUAAAGAGGCACAGCAGAGGUUGGUGGAAAAUGCUGAGACACUGAUGAUGAUGCGAUGCAUAGAGUGCGAUGAGAGUCGUACCCUUUACGAGGGCAACGAUUUAGUGGAAAGCAGCGACGACUACUUGCUCGACAUGCUUGAUUGGUGCUUACCCGAAAUCGAGGAGGAGGAGGACGCAGGGGAAAAUAUGGCGCAAGACGAAGAGGUACUAGGCGAUGCUAGUACCAGAAGUCGUCGUGCGACGGACAACGUACCUCCAGAUGAAGGGAACACGAAUCAAGAAGAAGAACAGCCUCUCCCAAAACUGGUCGUGACGAAACAAGAGAGUGCAGUACAAAUUCGGGAAAAGUUAAAACAAGACCUCAUUUCCACGUGGAUCGCGUUCUCGAAUGGUUUAAUCACUCCCAGUGACUUUUUGGAUGAGAUCGAGAAUGCGAUUCUAGCUGCAGUUCACAAGGGAGGGGAGCGGGGACAGGAAGCACUAGGGCGAGAUUUGAUGCAACGAAUGGACGCGCUGACCGUACCACGCUACUUGACUUCCCUCCAACUGGUUGAGCGCAUCAAGUGCUUCGAACGCAAAGCCGUAACGCAACUAGCCAUAUUUAGAAAGUAUCCAAAGAUUUACACACUCUGUUGCGGUGCGGAUCACUGUUUUAAGUGCAAAGUGGGGCAUUGGCACCAAGGCAUGACCUGUGACGAAAUGCAACAGCGUGAACUGGAUACCGAAGCGCAAUUUUGUCCUGAAUGUGGCAUACCGACGAUCAAAACAGACGGCUGCAACGAGAUGAUAUGCGUCUGUGGCGCGUACUGGCACUGGGAGGGAGAAGAGACAUGACCUGAAGAUUCGUCUAAUCGAGACCUUUGGCGCGUACUGGCAGCUGGCGACAAUCAUUUUCUACCCGGCGAAUACUUACACAAUGAACAACGAGUUUUUGUUUUCUUACUCGUUCAGAAUAUGAGUAACCCAUUUCGAUUUCCACGAACACAAUCUAAGUCAUAAGAAACCUUAUAUAUAUACCUCAACAUAACCGUACCGUGACACCUCCAACAUGUCUUUUUUUACUCCGGCGUUUGUGGCUUAAAUCCCAUAUCCUACAUCAGCAGUCGUCCUCGUCGUGUAAAAAUUACUAAUGACUUAAUACUCCUUCCCCUUUCAAAGCGUCUCCUGAGGACAAUUUUUGCAUAAUGGAAUGAUCUCGGAAUAUUGAUCCCACACUUGUUGUUUCGUGUCUACCUACAACAACGAACCACAUAUCUUUUUACUCCACGCAAACCUCUACUCACGCGAGGAAUUACAACCGGAGGAUCCUCUGAGUAGUGCCAUUGUCUAUGGAUGUGAUGCCUUGCUGGAGAGAUUUCAUAAACUGUAAAUCAAUCUAAAACUCGACUCUAU